CACUAUUUCUGCAUCAUAUAUCUGAGGAAGACGAGAUCUGAUAAAAAUUAUUGCAAUGCGGGGCUUCAGGGUGGCAGGCAUAAUGAUGCUACUUACAGUCAUCAACACUUUAUGCUAUGGAGCGAUAACACGUUACGAUCGGCCUAAUAAGUCAACAACCGUGCUCGGGAAUGGUUCAAUAAAAGUGCACGAUGGACUUAAUGGAAAAGCUACCGUACUUGAUGGGCCUAACGGAUCAAUAAAAGUGCUCGAUAAAGGAAAACUAACCGUGCUGGGUGGGCAUAAAGUGCGUCGUGACGUUCGUGAGGCCAAUGCAUCAGUAAUAGAACAUCUUGGGCCUAAUGCAUCAACAGUAAAGUCUCAUAGCUCUAAUACACCUGAAAGAGUACGACGCGAGGCUAAUGCAACAUUGCAUCGUGUGCCUCUCACGAGAGGAAAAUCUCGACGUGAGGCAAACACAGAAAAAAAACCCAAUGCAGUGAAAGCAUCAGAUGUCACUACUCUGAAGCCAGCAACGCACAAUGCAACGGAUCCAGAAACUACAACUGCACCAGCACGUCUAGGGAACAUGAUAACUGUCCCCGACAACUGUCCUGAUGGAAAGAAAUACGUGAACGGAGCAUGUCGGGAGAUUUGGCAAUCAUCUACCUAUAGAUAGCAUAUCCUUUAUUAGCAACGCAUCUCUAUUUCACUAUCUGAUUAUGUUUAAUUUACGGUAUUUGCAGGCAAUGAAGAUAGAAGUCAAAUUAACCACAAUUUGCAACUGUCAUUCAAUAAAAAAAUAUAUAUGGCAAUGUUUUUAGC